ACAAAAUUAAAAAGAAAGUAAUAUAAAAACAAAUUGAGUGAACAUUUUUGUAACAACAAAAUAAAAAAUAAUAAAAUAUAAUAAAAAUACUAAUAAAAACAAAAAAUAAGAAAAAAAAAAAAAGAGCAUCGCAUACGAAACGGAAAGUGAAUGAUUUUUAUUUACGACUGUCGUGUGAUAGUUGAACGUACGGACGGACGGACACACGGUGUUGUCGUUUAAGCGGGUGUGUAAGCGUGUGUGUGCGUGCGUAAGUUGUGUGUUUUUUCUUAAAGAAAAACAACGUCACUGUUAACGUCGUCGUCGCUGCUAAUGUGAAGUGCGUAAUAAAAACAAAACAAGCAGAAAAUUUAAAAAGACCGAAAAGAAAUGCAUGCCAAGAUGUGUGUACCCGACAAAUACAGCGAAGUCUAAAUAUGCGAACGUAAGUGAGUGAGUGAAUGUGCUCUCGUUAAAAGCAGAAAAUAAUAAAAAUUAAACGAAAUGAGAGAGAAAAACGGUAAAAUUUGGGUGUUUACGAAGAAGAAUACCAAACAUUUAGAAGAGCAGCAAAUACUUUUUUUCUGUGUUUUUCUGUUUUCUGUUUUUUUUAGAAGGCCAGUCUACUAACUAGAGUAGAGUUUAGUAGUGAGUUAUUUUUGCGUUCAUAUGCAAUUCUAACUACAAAUUGUUAUUUUGUAUUAACCGGAAAUAAAUAAUAAAUAGCUAUUUGUUUGUAAUAAUAAUAAUAAAAUAAAUACCCUUAACAAUAACAACAAAAAAAAACAAAAAUUAUUAAAAAAAAUAAAUGCAAAUUUGAUUAUUUUCAAAUAAACUUGGUGGGUUUAGAAAAAUCAGCAACAACAACAACAUAAACAUAAAAAGCAGAAGGGAAAAAUACAAAAACAACAAGAAGAAAAAUAAGAAUAAUAAAAACCAAAACAAGUGUAGGUAAAAAAAGUAAAAUCUACAGUUAAGAAAUUCAUGAAAUCAAUAAUAAAUGAAUGGAUAUAGAAUAAAAAAAAUAAUAAAAUAAUAAAUAACACAAAUAAACAACAUUAAACUGUAAAGAAAUACACAAAUUGAAUCACAUAAUUUAUAUGUGAAAAAAAGAGGAGCGUGUGUGAUGUGAUGUUUGUGUCUGUGGCAAAAAAAAACAAACCAAAACAAAAAAAAGUAAAGAAAAUAUUUUAAUGAAGUUCAAUUAUUUUAAAGUGUAAUAAAUGUGAGAAGUGUGAAGUUAACAACAUCAUAAAAUCAAAAACCACAAUACAACAACAAAGAACCAACAGAUACAACAACACCACACAGCAAAAGUGAACAACAAAAGAUAUACAGACAUCAUCACAUUCUUAAAAGUUGAGUUAAGGACCAAACAGAAACCAAAUAUUUCGUCAUCAUUCAAGAAAAACAAAGAUAUUAAAAUAACUUUAAAUGUAAAGAAAAUGUUAAUAAAAUGACUGUCAUCGGCGAUAACUUGACAAAACUGGAAGUUCGAUUUCAAACCAUUAGUGAACUAAUGGCUAAAAAGAGAAAAUUAUAUUUGCAUAAAAGAGUUAGAUCAAUGGAUCACAAUACUAACGAGCACAGUACUACUACCAAUCCAACUUCGAAUACAUCGAAAGAAGAUAUAAACCGAACAUCACAAUCAUUAACAUCAUUAAAUACUAAAACAAAUACGAAUUCUAUAACGAAUGGUUCAUUUCUAAAUUUGUGCUUUACUUCAUCUGCUGAAACAACAUUAGCUCCGGAAUUGACCAAUGAAAGAUAUAAUUACGAAUAUAAUCCAGAAUUACGCAUUUGCAUGGAAUGUAAACGACAUAAUGAGUCGAGGAAUGUUAGUAAAUCAUCAGCAAAAGCAACAGAAGAAGAGGUAUACAACAACAAUUGCUCAUGUAAAAAUAACUGCCAGAGUAGUUGUAGACCAACAACAUACCACCACAACAACGUACUCAAAUAUAAGUCUGCACAAGAAUCUUCAGCGAGCCACAAUAACAAUAAAUACAACUGUAACACCCACAAUCAAGAGAUUCAUAUGCAAAAUUCCUAUUAUUUGUUAAGAACUCAAAUGGACAAACUAAGAACAUCCUGCGCCUCAACAACAACAACAAAUCUAACAACUACGUCUUCGUCGACGUCAACGCCAACGGCGGCAACAAUAAUGUCAGCAACAGCAGAACUUCAUACUUCAUCUACUACACAUCGAACUUAUUUGUCCACGUCCCCUGAUGUUACUUGCAACAAAAACUUUGUAAACAGACGAUUUUCAACGAGUAAAGACUGUAAAGGAAGAUUUUUUUUACAAUUAUACAACAUUGUUAUGAUAUUAAAAACUUUGUUAGUCCUAAUAACCAGAACAGCUCCAUCUCUGCUACAUCGUUCGUCUUCAACAGGCAGUGAUAAUAGAUUAAAUUUAAAAAACCACAAACAUUAUCGAAGACGUCACGCCAACCACCAAUAUUCUCAAUUAAAUAUUCAAUCAAAACAAAGACUGACACAUUUUAAUGAUCAACCGCCACAAGAACAUCAUUAUUACCACAAACAAAAAUCAUCAUCAUCAUUACAUCCUACACCAAAUGUUUCAUUUACCAAAUGGAUUUUAAUGGGUUUAUCGUUCCUUUCAAUAUUAUUGCCAUUAUCACAAGCAUUGUCCUCAGAUUUUGAAACAACACUGCAAUCAUCGUUAGCUGCCUUGGAUAGAUCACGAAGAGAUGUUGUUGCAUCGAAUGAACUGCAAAUAAAACCGUCUUCGACAAAUGAACAAGUUCGUCUAACGCGUCCAGAACAUGUUUGUAAAUCUCUUGAUAUUCGCAAUUCAGCAUCACAAUUUCGUCAAGUGGAAAAUUGUACGGUUAUUGAAGGUUUUUUACUCAUCACUCUGCUAAACGGUAACUCGCUGGAGUACUAUAAUGAGACAUUUCCUCUGUUAACGGAAGUUACGGACUAUAUAAUUGUUUAUCAAGUUCAUUAUUUACGUUCAAUUGGUCGUAUAUUUCCCAACUUAAGUGUUAUACGAGGUCGGGUGUUAUUUGAAGGUUAUGCCUUAAUUGUAUAUUCAAAUUCACAUCUCGAAGAGCUGGGUCUUACCAAACUUACGACAAUAUCUAGAGGAGGUGUAAGAAUCGAAAAGAAUGUGAUGUUGUGUUUUGUAAAUUCCAUCGAUUGGACACAAAUUGUAUCGAAUACUACGGACAUAGUUAUUGAGUAUAACCGUGAUACCAUUGAAUGCCCUGCUUGUCCUGGUGAUCAAUGGAAUGGGGGAGAUUCUAAUGCUGGAACAAAAGAGCUGGCUUGUAAGGAACAUCAUGGCCGACGUCAUUGCUGGAAUAGUAAAUCAUGUCAAAAAAUCUGUCCCAAGAGAUGUCAACAUAAUUGUGUUGACGAAAACACUUGCUGCAAUGAAGCUUGUUUGGGUGGCUGUUCGCCUAAUAACUUGAACGAAUGUAUUAGCUGCAGAAAUUUCUCCAUCUACAACACAACCUGCAUUGACAAAUGUCCAGAUAAUUUUUAUAAAUACCUGGAUCGUCGUUGUUUGACAGCCGAAUCGUGCAAUAUUAUUGGUACUAAAUAUGAAAAUAAUCGUCAAGAGGUAUUGGUGGCUUAUGAGGGAAGUUGUUCCACGGUUUGUCCCGAAGGUUAUACAAAAGUUAAUAUGACGUGUGUAGAAUGUGGUGACAAGUGCACUAAGAAGUGUCAAGGUAGUCUUAUUGAUAGUGCUGCCCGGGCUAGAGAAUUUCAUGGUUGUACACACAUUGUUCAAUCCCCUUUAAUGAUUAAUAUUAAAAGAGGCGGUCGUCAUUUAAUGGAGGAUUUGGCUUAUGGUUUAUCAUCAAUUGUUACCAUCGAAACGGCUUUGAAAGUUCAGGGCACCUAUGGCGUUUUUGAUUUGAAAUUUUUUAAAAAUUUACAAAAUAUAGAGGGUGAAAAGCUAAUUGAAGAUAAAUAUGCCCUUUAUGUCCUGGAAAAUACUGAUAUCGAAACUAUAUGGAAUCUUAAUCAAACUGUCCAGAUAUUAAGGGGUACUGUAUAUUUUCACUUUAAUCCCAAAUUGUGUUUGUCGGAAAUUAAUGCUUUACUGCCCAUGGUAAAACAAGCGAAAAAGAAUGUUACUAGCUUUGAUAAAAUAGAAGUAUCCGAAGAUUCGAAUGGUGUUAAGGGCUCAUGUAAUACAACAUUACUUAAUAUAACAGUAGCAAAAAUUGGUUCACUUAUGGCCCUGGUUAAAAUCAACAAUCCCAUGGUAUACGAAGAUCCCAGAACAUUCAUUGGUUAUCAAUUUUUACACAUAGAAGAUCCCUUUGGCAAUGCUACAAAGCACGCAUUUCGUCCAUGUGAAGACAAAUGGGAAAUAAGUGAUCCUACUAAAGAUAAUUUCUAUAUUUUUCAAACUCUUAAACCAUAUACACGUUAUUCAUUUUAUGUCAAGACCUUGACAAUUUCAACUGAACGUCGUAAUGGCCAGAGUGCAAUACAUACUUUUACCACUAAAUCUGAUCAACCCAAAAGUAUUAAUAAGUUACAAGCCUAUGCUAACUCGAGUUAUAAUAUUGUUAUGAGUUGGUUACCACCCACUGUGGCAAAUGGAAAACUUAUUAAGUAUAAAAUACGAGCUGUGUAUGAUAAACGCAUUCAAAGAAUAGAGUCUCGAAAUUAUUGCAAAGAUCCUUUAAAGGAAAUUAGUAAACCGGAAAUUCCUGUUGUAACCAUCACUGAAAAGCCAACCAUACCAAAGAAUUGCAACUGUAAAAAGAUCAAUUCACAAAUGUAUGAUGAUGAAGAAAUUGAUGCGAGCAUACAUGCUAGCAUUGAACUAGAAAAUGCUCUACAAAAUUUUGUCUAUGUUAAAAAAGAGAAUAAAACCAGAUCGAGUAGAAGAAAUAUGAAUGCGAUAGAGGCGUUAGAAGCGAAUAGUAGCCGUAAUCGUCGUGCUAUUGAGGGAGAUCCUUUCGAUAGUUUUCUAUUGCGUCAUAUACGGGAUGCACCGGCCGAGGGAAAUUCAAUACAUGAUACUACAACACCAACAACAACGACCACUACAACAGUCGAUCCUCAGGGUGAUGGUACACUUUUAUAUAACGAAACUCGUAUGGAUCCUGAGGGCACUUAUUAUGAAGUUGUUGUUGAUUCAGUGAAUGCCUCGAUGACGGAAUUUGUUUUCUCAAACUUGAAACAUUUUUCGUGGUAUAUGUUGGGUGUGGAAGCUUGUAGGGAAAAAGAUACUCCUAAUGACACUUUACCCGAUUGCAGUAUGGAAGUAAGAACCCAUGUACGCACACUUAAACUUGAGAAUGUCGAUCGAGUGGAACACAUAAGGGGUGAAGUGGAAACAACAAAUUCAUCUAGAAGCAAUAUACGUGUUUUCUGGGUAAGUCCGAAACAUCCGAAUGGCGCUGUCGUAUCAUAUACGAUAUUAUAUUUACUACAAUCACCCGAUGCUGUGGAAGAGAAAAAAUGUAUAACUGAAUCGGAUUAUAUAGAAUUGGGUUAUCAUCAAAAUGGUUAUCCAAUAUCUAAUCUCAAUCCCGGUAACUAUACAAUACGAAUAAAUACAAAUACGUUAGCUGGCGAGGGACAGUUUUCGGAUACCAUUUGGGUUGUUAUACCGCCUGUUACCAUGCCGACAAGUGUUAUUGUUGGCAUAGUGGUUGGAGCGCUUUCGGCGGCAAUUUUAAUAGGUGUUUCAAUCUAUUGUCUGUGCAGAAGGCGUAUUUUGGCACCUCCUUCGGACUUGAAAAUAUUCCCCUCUGUAAAUCCGCAUUAUAUUAGUCUACAAUAUAUACCGGAUGAGUGGGAAGUGGCUCGAGACAAAGUUAUACAACUCAAUCCUUUGGGUCAGGGUUCGUUUGGUAUGGUUUACGAGGGUAUUCUAAAAGGCUACAACAAUAGCAGCGAAGAUACACCCUGUGCCAUUAAGACGGUGAAUGAGAAUGCCACCGAUAGAGAGCGCAUGAACUUUUUGAAUGAAGCCUGCGUAAUGAAACAGUUUGACACUUUCCAUGUAGUUCGUUUAUUGGGCGUUUGUUCGCGCGGUCAACCUGCUUUGGUUGUCAUGGAACUUAUGAAGAAUGGUGAUUUAAAAUCUUAUCUACGUGCUCACCGUCCCGACGAUCGCAACGAUAUGCCAUUAUCGGCACGAUCUGAAAUACCUGCGCAACCACCUCCAAUAAGUCGCAUUUAUCAAAUGGCCAUUGAAAUUGCUGACGGUAUGGCUUAUUUGGCAGCGAAAAAAUUCGUACAUCGUGAUUUAGCGGCUAGAAAUUGCAUGGUAGCCGCUGAUUUAACGGUGAAAAUAGGAGAUUUUGGUAUGACUAGAGAUAUUUAUGAGAACGAUUACUAUCGUAAAGGAACAAAAGGUCUGUUACCAGUUCGUUGGAUGCCUCCGGAAAGUUUAAGAGAUGGUGUUUACUCCUCUGCCAGUGAUGUCUUCAGUUACGGUGUGGUACUAUGGGAAAUGGCAACAUUGGCAGCACAGCCAUAUCAGGGAUUAUCAAACGAUCAAGUUUUAAGAUAUGUAAUCGAUGGAGGUGUAAUGGAGCGACCAGAAAACUGUCCCGAUAAAUUGUAUAGUUUGAUGCAAAAAUGCUGGCAUCAUAGACCUUCGGCUAGACCAACAUUUAUGGAAAUUAUACGAUAUCUACUCGAUUCGGCAGAUCCAUAUUUCCGUGAAGUGUCAUUCUAUCAUUCGGAAGAAGGUCAACAAAUACUAGUAAAGGAAAUAACAGAACGAAAUCAACGUUCGGGCGAUGUAUUCGAUGAUCAUGACAACGAUAUGGAAGACGUAACAACUCCGCUUCGUUUGGAAGAAUAUAGUGGAUAUAAAUUAAAUACGGACAAUAAUUCAUCGGUUGAACAUCGUGGAGAUUCAUCUAUGGUCAUAGACGACGAUGCUCCUCAUUCACCUUACAGCCUAACAGGCUCACCUAUUGUCGUUAGUAGCACGCCAGACGAACAUGUUAGAAACAAUUUUAAUAUGUCGCGUAUUAUCAAUUCGCACAAUCAAAUGCUUAAUUCGGCGCCCUCAACAUCCGCUGAACUGAGGAAGGCCGGUCCAGGCAUCAGUUAUUAUCCACAUCCCCAUACCCAUCCGCAUCAUCGAAAUCUCUAUCAACCUACACGUUAUACCCAGCAACAGGCUCGUCAGCAGCGUCCUGACGAUGUUGAUGCCUAUGUCCCUCCAGAUUUUGAAAUGAAAGACUUGAUGGAAAUCAAACGAGAAUCGGAUGAACAGGGUUAUGAAAUGUACGAUCCCAGCCCGAACUAUAGUGAAAAAGUACCUACCAAUGUUCAUGGUGAUGAUGACGAAGAUGAUUUGGGUGUACAUUCAACGGCGGGUCAAAAUUUGUUGGCACACUCCAAACCACGUCAAAGGCAACCUACAAUUAUGCCUUUGUCCAGCUCAAUGCCUGAUGAGGUAAUAGGACAACCAGCAUCAUCCUCACUACAUCCCUCAACAGCGUCGGCUGCUUCAUCUAAUGCCUCUUCUAAGACUGGAACGGGAAAAUAUCCAAGUCUAAGGGCUGUGGCCGAUUCGUUGGGAAAUAAUGUGACGGCUAAAUUUAGAAGUAUCCUAUUUAAUACACACAAGCGCUCGGGCAGCAAUGCCAGCUAUAAGAGCACCAGCUCUAACCCCAAUACAGCGGCAGUGGGAGGCGGAACAGGUGGCAGCAGUAACAAUCUAACCAGAGGAGGCCGCGGUAAAAGUAUGAGUGGCCAAAAUCUGGGAACAAUAGAGAGUGGUGGAAGUGGCAGCGCUGGUAGCUAUUGUGCUAAUCCCCGUUUCUACACAACCAACAACGCUAGUAGUACAAGCGAAAAUCCAAACUACAAAAGACUUGAGGGCAGUAGUGGUGAUACGCUCACAAAUAAACCCAAAAUGUCUUCAUCCUCUGCCUUCUCCAUGAGUUCAAAUCCCAACUAUCAGGUAUUAGAUGAAUCACUCAAUACAACCGGUGCAUCAACUUCUACAAACAAUCCAGCUGCCAUGAGCAGCAGUUCUUUAUUACAUACAACCGAUAAUCCAAACUAUCAGUUAAUGCAAGCUCCCGCCGCCAAUCAAAAAAUAGAAAACCUCUCAUCGUAUGUUAUGAUGAAUGAACCAAAAGCUCCAGAACCUAGUGCCAUCAGUAUAAGUAACAAUCCCAACUAUCAAAUGAUGGGUCCACCACCACCACCUUCAGCCUUAAGUGGUACAAUGUCAACGACAGUAUUACCAACAUCACAACCGCCACUAGCUCUAAGUCGAACUGGAGCAGGAACAGAGCGUUUUACAAAAUAUUCAUCCUCAUCUUCCGCACAUUCAACCUCUUCAAGUCAUGAAACAGACGAAGAAGACGAUGAUAUACCCCCCAGCAAGGGUAUGAAAUCCGAUCGAAUACCUUUAAGCCGGCGUAGCAGUAAUGAUCGUAACCAAAAGAAAAAGCAUCCUAACAAUCGAAGUCGUAGCCAAAGUAGCAGUAGCAGCAGUCGAAGUAGCAAUACAGCAACUACCACAUCACAACAGCAACCGUCAAAACCUAAAACAUCAUUGAUAGCUACCACCACACUGCUAACGAAAGAGAACUGGCUGAAGCAACAACCCGCCCAACUACAACAUCACCAGCAAACACAACCCCCUCCGCCGCCCAAUGGUUUUGUAGGACGUGAAACUACGUAAGCUUAACGAAAAAUUAAAAAAAAAAUAAGAAAAACUUAAACAAAUAAACAAAAUCAUUAACCAAUUAUGUAUUUAUAUGUAAGAGAAAAAUAAUAUUUACCUACUGACUGAGUUGGAUUAAUACACAACUGCGUUUGUAAAUAAUAUUUAAUAAUUCUAAUAAUAAUAUUAAACGAAACAACAACAAUAAUAAUAAUAGUAGCAUUAGAAAUCUUAUAUUUAUUGAAUGUACAUAUUAAGUAUAAAGUAUCUAGUACUAAUAUUAGUAGUUAGUACACUAUUAUUAUUAUUAUUUUAAUUUUGUACAACAACUAAAACAAAUAACGGUGUUGAUAAAGUCCUUGUUUUUAUUUUGUUAAUGGACAGAAAUAUUUAUAACCCUACAAAUACAUAAUUAUAACAAAAUAUAAUAACUUUACUAUUUAAAACAUCUAUUACAAUAUUUUCAAAUAUGUGAUGACUUGUUUAAAACAUGGAUCUGAAUUAUUAAGAAAAAAAAUCCAAAUCUCAUUUUACGAAUAUGAUAAUUUUUGUAGCUCAAUUUUGUUGAAUUAUGAUUACGUCAAAAUAACGCUUUCUAUAUAAAACAAUUUGUAUUUCCUAAUUUCAGAUUCGCUUUAAAAAGUCUUUAAUAACAACGGCCAACAAAAUUUUAAAAAGUCGAAACCCAGAUACCAAAAUGUACAUUUUAAAAGGAUUGAACAACCUAGAAUCUGAACCUGGUAUAAGAAUUUUUCUAUCGCAUCAGGUUUUUCAGAUAUCGUAUCCUAAUGAUUGAAAAAAAGGUUUUUGGCCAUAUUUAAGACGUAAUAACAGAGCGAAGACAGACAUCUUUAUACAAUUUGUAUAUGUCAUCAGAAAGUCCAAUAUGCUAGUUUUAUCAAUCAAUUCAAAGAAUAUACUUCUUCUACGUUAUAAUAGAAGUUUCAUCUUUAUUUUAAAGUCGAUAGAUUGAACUUUUAGACCACUUAACAAAUUUUAUAAAAAAAGAUGUCUUCUCGCUGUUAUAUGACCGAAGUUUUUUUCAAUUUUAGGGAAAACCUGUUGUGAUGAAGAAAUUUUGAGUCAAGAUUCGUAUUCAGUGAAUCUUUUAGAAAAGUACACUUUGUUGGCCUGUGUUAUUUAAAAAAGUUUUAUUAGAAGUUAAAUUUUUGUAUUUUUCUGCUUUAAAAUAUUUCUUUCCAACGGUGAAGAUAAAAUUUAUGAUUUUCAACAUUGUUUUUUUUAUGUUUAUAGAAAAUGUAAAUACAGAAUUACGCUUAAAUUAAGAAAACAAGAAAAAAAUUAUUAUAAUAAUAAAAGAAUGUCACCUAGAGAAUUAAACAAAUUCAAUUAUUUAAACAAAAUAUUAAUGAGAAAGAGGAAGCAAAUGAACUAUAUAUGUAUGUGUAUAAAUAAUUAUUAAUUAUUUAAAUACAUGAUUAAUAUAAAGAUGGUAUGCCAAAAAAAAAAACAACAACAACAACUACAGAAUUUUAAAAUUCAAAAACAAAAACAUCACUUACAAACUUUAACACACUAAAUAAUAAACAAAAUAGUUGCCGAUUUUUAACGACUCUAAAGAUAAUUACAACGAAACGAAUAGAGUAAUGUUACUAAAACACAUUUACAUACAUACUUUUUAACACACAUAAUACUAAAACUAACAAAAAAAAAAAAAA